AUGUCAUCAAAUCACAUAGCAUCCAUAAAUAACCUGAUAAAUAAUGAUCAGGAAGAUGAAGAUAGGAAAUUUCUUCGAGCAGCUGCUGAAGCUAUAGUUGCAACAUCAAUGAAUAAUGAAAUAGAUCCAACGAUACUAGAAUUAUUGAGAAGGAUCCAAUAUGCAAAUGCUCCAAAUUCAACCACAUCACCUUUAGCAACAACUACAACAACAACACCGAAUAUAUCUUCAAAUCCAUUGGAACCAAGAACAACAAAUACACCAAAUGAUUCCACAACACCACCUUCUGCAAAGAAUAUUAAUGGACAUGAACCAAAACCGUUCAUUUGCAAUGAUUGUUCAUUAUCAUUCAGAAGAUCAUCAGAUUUGAGAAGGCAUCAAAGAGCCCAUUUACCCAUAUUACCACAUAUUUGUAGAAUGUGUGGGAAGGGUUUUGCAAGAAAAGAUGCGUUGAAAAGACAUAGUGAUACGUUGACUUGUAAAAGAAAUAGAGAGAAGUUGUUGAGUAGUGGUGGGGAUGUUGAAAGUAUAUUGGCUGAGGCGAAGAAACAAGGGCAUGAUGUGUGA